CAGGCGGCUGAGGCCCACACAGAUACCCAGAGUCAGAGUCACCGGCAAGACACCCUUCCCAAACACCAGGAGCAGCUGGAGAAGAAGUCCUCCAGGAACAAGAUCUUCAAAAAGCUUCAGGGGAAGAUGUCGAAGUUGCAGCAGAUUCUGGUAGACCAUUUCUUGCAACUGACUAGCCAGCAGGUGCAGAACCUCUCAUCAGAAGACCAACAAGGCACACAAGCCUCCCAGUCUAAAAAGAAGAUGGGUUACUUACUGUCCCAAAUGCUCAACCUCAUAUGGUCUGAGGCUGCAGAGAAACUGAAGUCCAAAGAACCUCUCCCUCGCUCAGAUUCUAGAUGCGAUGUCAAAGCUGGGCAGCAACCCUGUCAGUCAGCCGUGCCCUGUCCACAUGCGAUACUGGCAUCUGUGAUUUUUACUAUGCCACCUUCCAGAGCUGUGGACUUUCAGGACUAUCAACAAGACAAAUACCACAAAGAUGAAAACCCUUUGGGCUAUAUCAGCCUUGGUACCAGCGAGAACAAGCUUUGUGUUGACCUGAUAACAGACAGGGUAAGCCGUGCCAUCGUGACACUCAUUGGUGAGGCCCUGCUACAGCUCUCUGACUGGCAAGGACAGCCCUUCCUUUGGAAAGAGCUGGCCAGCUUCUUGACCUACUAUUGCAAGGCACCUACACCCCUUGAUCCAGAAAAUGUGAUGGUUCUAAAUGGCUGGAGCUUAGUCUUGUCUUUGCUGGCCAUGGUUCUAUGUAACCCAGGUGAUGCCUUUCUGGUCCCUACAUGUACUACAUACAGUACCUUCUCUUUUAGCUCCUACCUUUAUUUGAAAGUUAUUCCUGUCCACGUGGAGAGCCAGGUUCCCAGGUCGACGAGGCCGACUGGUACUUUUUUCAAACUCACCGUGGAUAAGCUGGACCUUACCCUGACUCAGGCUAACAUGAAGGCAAAAGAGGUCAAAGGCCUCAUGCUGCUCAACCCCCAGAAUCCUCUGGGUGAUUUCUACAACCAAUUGAUGAUGAAAGAUUACCUGGCCUUGGCCAAGAAGCACAAGUCACAUGUGAUCUUAGACGAGAUUUACAUGCUGUCUGUAUUUGACAUAGCCGCCAGAUUUCGCUGUGUUCUGAAUAGGAAACACUUGCCUGACCCUAACAGGACCUAUAUGAUCUGGGAUUUUGGCAUGGCUGGCUUCUGCUUUGGUGUUCUCUAUACACACAACAAGGAGGUAGCCUCUGCCAUGAGAGCUUUCGGCUACCUCCAUGGUAUCUCUGGCAUUACACAAUACAAGCUGUGCCAACUGCUCCAGGACAAAGAAAGGAUAGACCGGAUCUACCUGCCUAUGAACCACAAUUGGCUCCAGAGCUACGUCUAUGUCACUAAGAGGCUGGAGAGGCUAAAGAUCCCCUUUAUCAUCGGUGGCUAUGGCCUCUAUGUUUGGAUCAACUUGAAAGGCAUAAAUUCUGGAAGUGGCAGGUGCUGGUACCUGAACCCAUGCACAUUUGCUGAAGAGCAUAUCCUUGACCAGUGCUUCCGGGACAACAAGCUGCUAUUAUCUAUGGGCAGAUCCUACAUGUGUGAGGAGCUUGGCUGGUUCUGCCUCAUCUUUGCAGAAAACCACCUAAAACUGGAAGGAGCACCUCAGCAGGUCUCUAUUCUUUUCCUGGAGGAGUGA